GCAGUGCUCAAAGUGAACGUAAUUAGUGAACGGCCCCUUCCCUGCACUUCCCUUUCCUACGGAUUGUAAUACAUGUUAAUUUAAUCCCAUAUUAAAGACAACAACGAGUGAAAUGUCGGACAAUGAAGGAGAGACUUCGGCCCCCAUAAUAGCGGCGGCGCCUAUACUUGACGUGAAUAUGGCUCUGCAGGAAGUCUUGAAGACGUCAUUGACUCACGACGGGCUCGCAAGAGGUCUGCACGAAGCCGCCAAAGCACUCGACAAACGUCAGGCACAUCUGUGUGUAUUGGCGACGAACUGCGAUGAGCCGAUGUACCAGAAGUUGGUGGAAGCGCUGUGCGCUGAA